UACCCCCGAAAUCGCGUAUUGGUCAUAUCGGAAGAUCCCCUGCUGCGCUCGUCGCUGCUCGCGCUUUCCCUGGGAGCUUCAGAGGUUCACACGGUAGUUAUGAAAGAUAGCAAUUAUGCCAGCGCCUCCAUCGUUGCACGGUGCCUGAUGCAUCGAGACAACAUAAAGCUCUUUUCCUCGCUGGAGGCUUUGGAGGCUACGGUAUUCGGCCCGUGUCUCUCAAAGGCCCUCAGAGCCUCUUCCCGCACUGCCCCCACGCCUCCAGGAAGUGCCUACCGAAGUCGCAGAGACAGCUUGUUGGCACAAACUGCAGCUGUCGGCGGGUUCAGCGCUCAGCGCAGCGAUUCGCCCUCCAAGACAACAAGCGCAAAAGAGGCAGAGGUCCUAACGGCACAGCACCUCCAAAAGAAAAUCCACAGCUACCGACUUGUGCUCAUCGAUGAAGAUUACUGUGGGCCCAUUGUUUCCGCAUUUGGCCUUCCUCAAAUCCUCGAAUUUAUGCUGGCGUACACUUGUGCGGUGUGCUGUCAAGUGUUGCCACGUCGCUGGCAGACGUUGGUUACCCCAAGUUCUUUCCCUCCAGCGCCGCUUUCUUCAGGUGCCUCUCCGGUUGUGCGUGAAGAGGAGCGGCCACCACAUCUGCAGGAUCUGCUUUUUGCAUCUAGCGGGAGGGUCCUACGCUGUGACAGCCUUCGGCUGGAGGACGUUUCUUUGAGCGAUAGAUUCUGUGUCCUCGAGAGCUUUGAGUUGAAGACUCUCACCAUGCCUCUGGUUGCUGGGGGACUAGCUCCUGGGAGUUUUUCGAGAGGCGUUCUGCCCUUCGCAAACGCCGGAGGCCUACAAGGAGAUCGUACCUGCGCGUGUGACGCGUGUUGCACGACUCAGUGCAAAGGGAAUGAGGCGUCUCGGCUGUGUUUGUGCUUUUUCUGUGCAAAGGAUAGGCACCUGGAGGCGGCCAGGCAGAGGCGCGCAUUUGUUAGAGGCAACGCCGUCUGUGGGAUCGAACUCGCGGGACUGUGUGCGGGCCUCGUACUCCGCAGCCACAUCCUGGUGGACGAGGACCUUUCCCUGACCCCAAGUGCAUCUUUAUUAGCCUUCCUGCCAGAGGAGUUUCCUCUUUCGACUCAUCAUGUGAUAAUGGUGGGAUCUGGUGAGCACAUGCCAAACCGUACACGCUGCCGUCGAGCCGAGGUGGUACAGGAAGGCCGAGAGGUGCGGAAAGGCGCUGAUAGGCGCAAGGGCGGAACGCCAUUGGGGGAUGCAGAAGGAGACAGAAGAGUAGAGAGUGACGGGAGAGUGGACGCAUAUGGACCUGUCGGACAGUUGCAUCUAACGUCGGGUCCAUUCCGUGAUGCAUCUGCUUCCUUUUCAUCUUCCCAGGAGGAUAAUGAGGGUCUUCUGGUUGCUCCGUGGCUCAAUUUGAGGCUUCAGCAGCCAAAGUGCCACUGGAAGUUUUCUGCGAUAUGCGAUGGCAUGCGGCAGUUGGACUUCAGUCUAGAGCUCUCUCUCCGCGAUCUCUAUGAAACCGCCAGGUCGUGUUCGGAUGUAGAUCCAACCGAAGGGAGUUCUGGGGAAUCGUAG